AUUACUCAAAUUAUUUUUUUUUUCAAAAUUCGAAAAUACGCCGGAAAUCUUUGUCAGAGGGCAAGCCUCUGCGUUGUGUCACCAUGUCCCAAUUUUCCAUUGAGCCUUAGAUUUCGCUGCUAUGCCGACAAAUGCAAAAGAAAAAUGGAACCCAAGAAGUUUCGGCUAGACCGUGGACCCUACCUUUCCCAGCUGGACUACCAAUCUCGUCUGCAGUUCCAAGCACCAGCUCUGAGGUUACCCCUUACCAGCAUUAUAUGCACCAUUGGACCCUCAUCCAGCCAGCCCGAGGUUCUUCUUAAUCUCAUUCACGCUGGGAUGAAGGUGGUCCGAUUGGACUUCUCCGACGGCACCCACGAUUGCCAUUGCCAGGCUAUCCAGGCGGCUCGUAAAGCCAUCGCCAUGUAUGCGGAGGAAACGGGUCUUCCCAGGAGCUUGGCCAUUGCCCUGGACACCAAGGGUCCGGUAAUCAAUCCACAGGGUGUAGCUGCUGAUUUAAACGCCAUAACCGAACAAGACAAACUGGAUCUCAAGUUUGGAGCGGAUCAAAAGGUUGACAUGAUCUUCGCAUCGUUCAUCCGCGAUGCCAAAGCUUUGAAAGAAAUUCGCCAGGCACUGGGUGCCUGUCCAUCAAGUGAGCACAUAAAGAUCAUUUCCAAGAUCGAAAGUCAACAGGCUCUGGCGAACAUAGAUGAGAUAAUCCGCGAAUCCGAUGGCAUAAUGGUGGCCCUUGGGAAUAUGGGCAACGAAAUAGCACUGGAGGCUGUACCGCUGGCCCAGAAAUCGAUUGUGGCCAAGUGCAACAAGGUUGGAAAGCCUGUGAUCUGUGCCAAUCAAAUGAUGAAUUCGAUGAUAACCAAGCCACGUCCCACUCGCGCCGAAUCCUCUGAUGUGGCAAACGCAAUCUUGGAUGGUUGUGAUGCCCUUGUGUUGUCAGAUGAAACGGCCAAGGGUAAGUACCCGGUGCAAUGUGUGCAGUGCAUGGCCAGAAUAUGCGCCAAAGUCGAGUCGGUUUUAUGGUACGAGAGCAUUCAGAACAACCUCAAGAGCGAAGUCCGGAUCAACGCCGCCGAUCACAUCUCGGCGGUAAGCACGGCAAUUGCAGAAGCGGCAACGGUGAGUCAGGCUCAGGCAAUAGUGGUGGCCAGUCCGUGCUCCAUUGUGUCCCAGAUGGUCAGUCAAAUGAGGCCGCCGUGUCCUAUCGUGUUGCUCACAGGCUGCCCACAUGAGGCCGCUCAAUCCUUGCUUUUUCGUGGCGUUUAUCCACUCCUUGUCAAGGAAAUGGUUUAUGGCAGCGUAAACUACUGUCGCAUCAUGCAAUCGGGCUUAAAGAUAUUGGCCAAGUUGGACAUCCUGAAGGCAGGCCAAAGGGGAACUUUGGUGCUGGUCAAUGCCAUGUCGGCAGACAAGCUCACCUUCAGGCUGUUCACUUUUGCACAGCCAACUGAGGCAGAGCGAGAAGAAGAACGCUGCCGAAAGUUGGCCAGGAAGCAGCGAUGCAAGGAAAUGUCUGUAAAUAAAUCCUGUCCAAAUCCAAAGAGCAGUAAGUCUGAAAUAUCUAUAAAGUCCGAUGAAAAAGAUGGUACCAGUUCAAAGAAAGAAUUUCCUAAGGACGAAGAAGUUUCGAAAUGUUUACAACUAGAAAAUGAAAUUCAGCAGAAACGGGGUGAAGAUUCUGUAAUGAACAAAGAAAAUGAAAAUCUCUGCCACAACGUGGCAUUGAAGUGCUUACAUUUGAAGAAUGAAAGACAAGCUCAAUCGGAAGCUAUGAUGAAACAGACGGAAAAACUUAAAAAAGCGGAAGAUCCUAGAAAAAACAAUGGGACCCUUAAGGAUAGUUUUAACCGUAAGAAAAAAGACGAUAAAACCUCGAAGUCCGAUAAAAAGGAUGGUUCCAGCUCAAAGAAAGAUCGUCCUAACCACAAGGAAGUCUGGAAAUGUUUACAGCGGAGUCAAGAUUUGGUAAUGGCAGAAGAAAAUGAAUAUCUCUGUUCAAAAAAAUCAAAAGAAUGUCCCAAUAAGGACGACGAGGCCUUGAAGUGCUUACAGCUGAAAAAACAAAGACAAGCUCGAGCGGAAGCUGAGAUGAAAAAGAAGGCAGAACUAAAAAAAAAUAAUAGUUUAAGCCAUAAGAAAGAAGACGAUAAAGCACCAAACUGCAACAAACUUAAAAAACAAGGCCCAAAGAAGAAUAAGUGCAGAGUAGUCAAAAUUUCGAGGACAUCCGAAAAGGAUAAUUAUAUUCCGAAGAAAGAAUAUCCUAGGAUCUUCAAUAUAGAAAAGGCUCAGCCAAAAACUGUGGUCAAACACAGUAAAGAGUUGGCAAAGUCCUGCGAUAUUGUACUCGAAAACUGCAAGACCGUAAAACGCAAAAACUGCAAGACUGUAAAAUUAGAAAAAUGUAAGACAGUAAAACUUGAAAACUGCAAAAUAACAAAACUUAAGAAGUGCAAAACGAUCAAGCUCGAAAAUUGUAAGCAGCCGCGAAGAGUUAGGCAAAGAACUAAUCUUACUAAAAAGGCGUGAAGAAGGUGUAUGAUUCAAGUGCGAAGAUACAAUUGUUAUUGUGUCAAGGGUGUAAUAAUGGCGUAAGAAACGUUCUCUUUUGACAUAUCGCAAAUUAAUAAAGGCGUGUUUUGAAAUUUUAGACAUUU